UUUUCCUUUCAGUGUCUAACUCAAUAGUUGACUCUCAACAACACUACCUCGUUCCAAGCGAACAAGAGCGAAGAUGGAGGGAUCUCACGUCUCACAUGAUCAUCCCUAUGUGCCACGAGACUUGCAUCUACCCGGCUACGUUCCUUGUCUUCUCUCUCAGUCUAACAUCCUCUCUGUCUUUGCCUUCUUCUCUCUCCUCGUCGCUUCUCUCAUCUGGAUCUUCUCAGGACGCCUACCUAAGAAAACAAAAGUUGAUAGAGUGCUAAUGUGCUGGUGGGCCUUCACAGGCCUCACACAUAUGAUUCUUGAGGGUUAUUUUGUUUUCUCACCGGAGUUUUUCAAGGAUAAGACUGGUUUCUACCUGGCUGAAGUUUGGAAGGAAUAUAGCAAAGGGGAUUCAAGGUAUGUAGGAAGAGAUGCAGGGGUAGUUACUGUUGAAGGACUAACAGCAGUUUUAGAGGGUCCAGCUAGCCUUCUAGCAGUAUAUGCAAUAGCUACUGGGAAGCCAUAUAGCUACAUACUUCAGUUUGCUAUUUCUUUGGGUCAGCUAUAUGGAACGGCUGUAUAUUAUAUAACAGCAAUCUUGCAAGGUGAUAAUUUUUCUACAAACACGUUUUACUAUUAUGCAUACUAUAUUGGUGCAAAUUUCUCCUGGAUUGUGAUACCCUCGCUCAUCUCCAUCCGUUGCUGGAAGAAUAUUUGUGCGGCAUUUAAAGUUCAAGGCCAGACAAGAAAGCCUAAAGUUCGUUGAUGACAUGAUGGGGUGGUUGAGAUAGGGGAGAUUGUUUUAUGAAUUGUAUCCAUUGAUUCUCUUAAACUGCAUAAUUCGAAGGAAAAAAAAAAACAAAUUCCCAUUGUUCAUUUGAAAAGGUGGUGUUUUAAAUUUUGAACGAAGUUUUUCCCAUUAUUGAUUUGGAAUUGAAUGUUAACUAGCACAUGCUAGAAUAUUGAAAAGCACUGGUUAGCUA